UGUUGUGUGUGCUCUCCUCGGUUCCGCUCUUAUUGGAGACUGACCCGACUCUCAUCAACUCAGUGCCUCACAUUACAGUCUCAGAAGAUCGGGAGGACUCGGUUUAUUCCGGAGUGACCGAAUCUGCCUGGUUGUUGCUCGCUGAGAGGAUUAUUUGUUGGGCUUUUUGCGGCGGGGCCUUUUUCUGUUUUCCACCCUCCAGCUGCCAGGCUUCUGAAGGCAUCAACCAUCUCCAAUGGUUUAAAACCACUUUAAUCCUCUUUCAUGAACAAUGUGUGAAAACUGUGCCGAGCUGCUCGAGGUGCUGAAUGAAAUCUCGGAUGCAGACGGUUCGGACGGGCUGCAGUUGAAGAAGGAGCAUGCCUUAAGAGUCUUCAGCUACAUCGGCACGUGGACACAGAGGCAAUGUCUGUGCUGCUUCAAAGAGUACAAGCACCUCGAAUUAUUUAACCAGCUGGUCUACGGCCUCAUUAACCUGGUCAUCGUCCAGGUGACCAGCCUGAGGGACCGCCUCUGCAGUCCCCAUGGCAACGAAGGAGGCGAAGGAGCAGAGUCUGAAUGGAGGUCCGCCCGCCCUCAGCCUUCUCCCAACGAAGAGGAGCCGGUCAACGUGGAGAGAGACUCCGCCGAGGAAGAGGACGGAGGGAGGGACGCGGAGGGUUCGGCCCAGAACCAGAAGGAGGAGUCGCGGCCGAGUGACGGCGAUGGGGCGGCGGAGGGGUGCGGCCUCGACCCCUUCGGCUCCUGGAGCACAGAGGAGAGGGAGAAACUUCUGCUGUGUGCAGCCAAGAUCUUUCAGAUCCAGUUUCCACUCUACACAGCCUACAAACAUAACACACACCAAACUAUAGAGGACAUCUCAGCUCAGGAGAGCAACAUCCUCGGUUCCUUCUGCGACAUGAACGAUGUGGAGGUUCCUCUGCACUUGCUGCGCUAUGUGUGUUUGUUCUGUGGGAAACACGGCCUGUCCCUGAUGAAGGACUGCUUCGAGUCUGGGACGCCAGAGUCGCUGCCGUUCCCUAUUGCACACGCCUUCAUCACCAUUGUUUCUAAUAUCAGAAUAUGGUUGCACAUUCCGGCUGUGAUGCAGCACAUCAUCCCGUUCCGCACUCACGUCAUCAGGUAUCUGUGUAAGCUGUCGGAUCAGGAGCUGCGCCAGAGCGCUGCGAGGAACAUGGCUGAUCUGAUGUGGAGCACGGUGAAGGAGCCGCUGGACAGCGCGCUGUGCUUCGAUAAGGAGAGUCUCGACCUCGCCUUCAAAUACUUCAUGUCCCCCACGCUCACCAUGAGGCUGGCUGGACUGAGCCAGAUCACGAAUCAGCUGCACACGUUUAACGACGUCUGCAACAACGAGUCCCUGGUGUCUGACACUGAGACGUCGAUAGCGAAGGAACUGGCGGACUGGCUUAUCAACAACAACGUUGUCGAGCACAUUUUUGGACCAAAUUUGCACAUUGAGAUUAUUAAGCAGUGCCAAGUGAUUCUGAACUUCCUGGCUGCAGAAGGCAGACUGAGCACACAGCACGUCGACUGCAUCUGGGCCGCUGCUCAACUGAAGCACUGCAGCCGCUACAUCCACGACCUUUUCCCCUCACUCAUCAAGAACCUGGAUCCGGUGCCUCUCAGACACGUCCUCAACCUGGUGUCAGGAUUACACCCCAGUGCGCACACAGAACAGACCCUGUACCUGGCCUCCAUGUUGAUCAAGGCGUUGUGGAAUAAUGCUCUGGCGGCCAAAGCGCAGCUUUCUAAACAGAGCUCCUUCGCAUCUCUACUCAACACCAACAUGCCUAUGGGCAACAAGAAAGGUUCCCCAGCGGCGAGCCCGGAGAGCAGUGACAACAGUGACACGCAUCACAGUGGAGGCAGUGACAUGGAGAUGGACGAGCCCAUCAUGAGCGGGAAGCGCGGCCAGCAAAGGCUUUCUGACACUGAGGAGUCGAUGCAGGGCAGCUCGGACGAGACGGCGAACAGCGGCGAGGAGGGCAGCAGCGGGCCAGGCAGCAGCAGUGGUCGCAGCGAGGCCUCCAGCAACGAGGCCGAGUCCAGUCGAGCCAGCCAGUCGGCGGGCAGCCCGGGCAGCGAGCUCCACUCCGACCUGGCCGACAGCGAGGUCUUGAAGGAGGACGAGGAAGAGGACGACGAAGAGGACGACGAGGAGGAGGAUGACGAGGAGGACGAAGAGGAUGAGGAGGACGAAGAGGACAGGCCGACCGUGGCGUCCGAGGGCAGCCCGCAGAAAGAAAUGCGAGAUUCCAGAGACGCCCUGACGUCUGAAGUGCGCAAACGGAAAGCCGGCGAGGCGCUGGGAGACAUCCACGACUCUCCGGAAAGACCCGGAAUGUGUGGGUCAGUAAUGUCGGGCUCCAUCAAUCCAGGCCCGAGCCUUCAGAAACCCAAAACGCUUCCCUUCACGCCUGAAGCCGCUGCCGCCAUGGUAGCCUCCUCCUCGUUGAGGAUCCUGGACCCUUGCUCCUCUUCUUCAGCCUGCUUGGAAGAAACCUCAGAGGAGCGACUUGAUGCCACCACCCUGUCCCAAUCCCAAAAUCAGCAGCAGCAGCAGGAGAUGGGAGCGGAGAUGGGCCCCUCACACGGGGCGCCGAUUACCCAGGAGCCUUCGUGCAUGCCUCGUGCCGCGGACUUUCUGUCUGAAGCCAUGAGCAACGAGCUCUUUAACUGCAGGCGCUUCAUGAACCAGCAGCAUCACCACCACCAUCAUCAUCAUCAUCAUCAUCACCACCAUCACCAACAUGAAGGCCACAUGGUGGAGGACAUGCUGAGCGCGGACGACGUGAGCUGCAGCAGUUCCCAGGUCAGCGCCAAGUCGGAGAAGAACAUGGCGGACUUCGACGGCGAGGAGUCCGGCUGCGAGGAGGAGCUGGUCCAGAUCAACUCUCACGCCGAGCUCAGCUCUCACCUGCAGCAGCACCUGCCCAAUCUCCCCUCCAUUUACCACGAACACCUAGUGCAAGGUCCUGCAGUGCAUAAGCACCAGUACUCGGGUCAUGCGGUGACGGACGUCAACCUGGACAACGUGUGUAAGAAGGGCAACACGCUUCUGUGGGACCUGGUGCAGGACGAGGACGCGAUCCACCUGUCGGAGGGUUUGAUAAACGAGGCGGAGAAGCUGCUGUGCUCGCUGGUAUGCUGGUUCACAGAUCGUCAGAUCCGCAUGCGCUUCAUAGAGGGCUGUCUGGAAAACCUGGCACAUCACAGGUCUGUAGUCGUAUCUCUGCGUCUGCUGCCCAAACUCUUCGGGACCUUUCAGCAGUUCGGUUCCAGCUACGACACUCACUGGAUCACUAUGUGGGCCGAGAAGGAGCUGUACAUGAUGAAGCUCUUCUUCGAGGACCUUUUGCACUACAUCCAGGAGGUGCGGGAGGAGCGGCACAAGUUUACUUUGUACAGCCACAGUGCAGAGGUGCAGGUACGACUACAGUUCCUGACCUGUGUGUUCUCCACGCUGGGCUCACCCGAUCACUUCAGGCUGAGUCUGGAGCAGGUGGAUAUCCUGUGGCACUGCCUGGUCGAGGAUUUCGAGUGUUACGACGACGCGCUGCACUGGUUCCUGAAUCAGGUGCGCAGUAAAGACCAGCACGCCAUGGGCAUGGAGACCUACAAACACCUCUUCCUGGAAAAGAUGCCUCAGCUGAAGCCGGAAACCAUCAGUAUGACCGGGCUCAAUCUGUUCCAGCAUCUCUGUAAUCUGGCUCGUCUGGCCACCAGCGCCUACGACAGUAACUCCAACUGCGAGCUGUGUGGUAUGGAUCAGUUGUGGGGAAUCGCUCUCAGAGCACAGUCUGCAGACAUCAGUCGAGCGGCUGUCCAGUACAUCAACUCCUACUACAUCAACGGGAAGACCGGUCUGGAGAAGGAGCAGGAGUUCAUCAGCAAGUGCAUGGAGAGUCUGAUGAUGGCGUCGGCAAAUCUAGAGAAAGACCCGCACUCCAGCCUGACCAUCAUCGAGAGAGGCCUGCUGAUGCUGAAAACGCACCUCGAGGCCUUCAGACGCAGGUUUGCGUAUCACCUGCGGCAGUGGCAGAUCGAAGGCGCGGGGAUCAGCAGCCACCUCAAAGCCCUUAGCGACAAACAGUCCAUGCCUCUGCGUAUCGUCUGCCAGCCGGCCGGCCUGCCGGACAAGAUGACGAUAGAAAUGUACCCGAGCGAUCAAGUGGCCGACCUGAGAGCCGAGGUCACCCACUGGUACGAAAAUCUGCAGAAGGAUCAGCUCAGCCAGCAGGCCCAACUGCAGGAGUUCAACCAGAACACACGCCAGCAGGAGUUCCCAGGUGGUCUGAUGGGUCCGGUCAGAAUGAUCUCCUCAGGCCAUGAGCUCACCACAGACUACGACGAGAAAACUCUACACGAGCUCGGCUUUAAGGACAUGCAGAUGGUGUUUGUGUCUCUGGGCGCCCCUCGGAGGGAGAGGAAGGGCGAGGGGGUGCAGCUGCCCGCGUCCUGCCUGCCCCCUCCUCAGAAGGAGCACAUCCCCAUGCUGCUGCUGCUGCAGGAGCCGCACCUCACCACGCUGUUCGACCUGCUGGAGAUGCUCGCCUGCUUCAAAGUGCCUGGAGCCGAACAGUCCGAGCGGCCUCAGCACGCCACGCAGAACGGACGCUGUGAGGAUCUUCACCUGCACGCUGAGAAUCUCUCCCGGCGCGUGUGGGAGCUGCUCAUGCUCCUGCCCACGUGUCCCAAAAUGCUGCAGGCCUUUCAGAGCAUCUCGGAUGACACGGGAUCCGACGGGCUUUGCUGGAAGGACCUGCUGAGGAUAAAGUCUCCUCAUAAGCUGCUCUACGCCCUGGAGAUCAUUGAAGCUCUGGGCAAACCCAACCGCAGGAUCCACAGAGAGUCAACGGGCAGUUACAGCGACCUGUACCCAGACUCGGACGACUCCAGCGAGGACCAGAUUGAAAACAGCAAAAACUCCUGGAGCUGCAAGUUUGUGGCAUCUGGAGGUCUUCAGUUACUGCUGGAGAUUUUCAACUCGGCAAUCCUCGAACCCAAAGAGCAGGAGUCGUGGACUGUAUGGUUGCUGGACUGCCUGGCGUGCCUGCUGAAGCUCAUCUGUCAGUUCGCAGUGGACUCGGCCGAUCUGGACCUGGCCUACCACGACGUCUUCGCUUGGUCCGGCCUCACCGACACGCAGCGCAAACGGGCGUGGACUGGGAAAUCCCGCAAAUGCACCGGGGAACACGGGAAAGGCCUGCACAUACCCCGCCUCACUGAUGUUUUUCUCAGUCUGGUCCAGGGCACCAACAUGAUCCAGCGGCUCAUUAACGUGGCCUACACCUACGACAACUUGGCACACAGAGUGUUAAAGGCGCAGUCAGACCAUCGAUCUCGUCAUGAAGUGACCCACUACUCCAUGUGGCUGCUGGUGAGUUGGGCGCACUGCUGCUCCAAGGUGAAGUCCAGCCUGGCCGACAGCGAUCACCUGCACGACUGGCUCAAAAAACUCACCCUGCUCAUACCGGAGACGGCAGUUCGGCACGAGGCGUGUAACGGCCUCUAUAAGCUCUCUCUGUCCGGUCUGGAGGGGGGAGAGUCCAUUAACAGAUCGUUCCUGCUGCUGGCUGCAUCCACGCUGCUGAAGUUUCUCCUCGAUGCCCAGGCACUCAAACCUCUCAGAGUGGAGGAGUACGAGGACGAGACGGUGCUGCGCUCCGGCUGUAAGGAGUAUUUCUGGUUGCUGUGUAAGCUCAUAGAUAACAUUCACGUGAAAGACGCCAGCCAGACCACGCUGCUGGACCUCGAUGCCCUCGCCCGACACCUAGCAGACUGUAUACGGAGCCGUGAGAUUCUGGAUCAGCAGGACGGCGUGGUGGAGGACGACGGGCUGACGGGGCUGCUGCGCCUGGCGACCAGCGUCCUGAAACACAAGCCGGCCUUCAAGUUCUCCCGAGAGGGUCAGGACUUCCUGCGGGACGUCCACAACGUGCUGUUCCUCCUGCCCAGCCUCACCGACCGCCAGCAGCCCAAGUGUAAGAGCCACGCGGCCCGCGCCGCCGCCUACGACCUGCUCACCGAGAUGCUCAAGGGCUCCGUGGAGAACUACAGACUGCUGCACAACUGGGUCAUGGCCCAGCACAUGCAAGCGUCUCACGCUCCAUACAAAUGGGACUACUGGCCACAUGAUGAUGUCAGGGCUGAAUGCCGCUUCGUGGGUUUGACCAAUCUGGGAGCCACGUGCUACCUGGCGUCCACCAUCCAGCAGCUGUAUAUGAUUCCAGAGGCCCGGCAGGCUGUCUUCACCGCCAAGUAUUUAGAGGACAUAAAGCACAAGACCACCCUGCUGGAGCUGCAGAAGAUGUUCACCUAUCUCAUGGAGAGCGAGAGGAAGGCGUACAACCCGCGGCCGUUCUGUAAGACCUACACCAUGGACAAGCAGCCUCUGAACACCGGAGAGCAGAAGGACAUGACCGAGUUCUUCACCGAUCUCAUCACCAAGAUUGAAGAAAUGUCUCCGGACUUGAAAAACACCGUCAAGACGCUGUUUGGAGGCGUCAUCACCAACAACGUGGUGUCACUGGACUGUGAUCACGUGAGUCAGACGGCGGAGGAGUUCUACACCGUCAGGUGUCAGGUCGCCGACAUGAAGAACAUCUAUGAAUCUCUGGACGAGGUGACGAUCAAAGACACUCUUGAAGGAGACAACAUGUACACCUGCUCUCAGUGUGGGAAGAAAGUGCGUGCUGAGAAACGCGCCUGUUUUAAGAAGCUGCCGCGGAUCCUGAGCUUCAACACCAUGCGCUACACCUUCAACAUGGUGACCAUGAUGAAGGAGAAGGUGAACACGCACUUCUCCUUCCCGCUACGGCUCGACAUGACGCCCUACACGGAGGACUUCCUAAUGGCGAAGGGCGACAGGAAGGAGGGUUUCGGUGAUGACGGCGAGGGGAAGGUGGUGGAGAGUUACGAGUACGAUCUCAUCGGCGUGACGGUGCACACGGGUACGGCGGACGGCGGGCAUUACUACAGCUUCAUUCGGGACAUCGUCAACCCGCACGCCUACCGCAACAACAAGUGGUACUUGUUUAAUGAUGCCGAGGUGAAACCCUUCGAUUCGGCUCAGCUGGCGUCCGAGUGUUUUGGAGGGGAGAUGACGACGAAGACGUACGACUCAGUUACAGACAAGUUCAUGGAUUUUUCCUUUGAGAAGACUCACAGCGCCUACAUGUUGUUCUAUAAGCGAGUCGAGCCGGAGGAGGAGAACGGGAAGGACUUCAGCUUUAACGUCUCUCCUGACCUGCUGGAGUGGAUCUGGCACGACAACAUGCAGUUCCUACAGGACAAGAACAUCUUUGAGCACACCUACUUCGGGUUUAUGUGGCAGCUGUGCAGCAGCAUCCCCAGCACUUUACCGGACCCCAAAGCUGUCUCGCUCAUGACUGCCAAGCUCAGCACGUCCUUCGUCCUAGAGACGUUCAUUCACUCAAAAGAGAAGCCCACGAUGCUGCAGUGGAUCGAGCUUCUGACCAAACAGUUCAACAACAACCAGGCAGCGUGUGAGUGGUUUUUGGAUCAGAUGGCGGACGACAAUUGGUGGCCGAUGCAGAUUUUGAUCAAGUGCCCCAAUCAGAUCGUCAGACAGAUGUUCCAGAGGUUGUGUAUCCACGUGAUUCAGAGACUGAGGCCGGUGCAUGCCCACCUCUACCUGCAGCCAGGAAUGGAGGACGGGUCUGACGACAUGGACGCUCCUGUGGAGGACAUCGGCAGCCGCUCGUGUGUGACGCGCUUCGUCAAAACCCUGCUGUCCAUCAUGGAGCACGGAGUAAAGCCCCACAGCAAGCACCUGACCGAGUACUUCGCCUUCCUGUACGAGUUCGCCAAGAUGGGCGAGGAAGAGAGCCAGUUCCUGCUGUCCCUCCAGGCCAUUUCCAUCAUGGUGCACUUCUACAUGGGCACCAAGGGCCCCGAGAACCCGCAGGUGGAGGUGCUGUCUGAGGAGGAGGGAGAAGAGGAGGAUGAAGAGGAGGACAUCCUGUCUCUGGCGGAGGAAAAGUACCGGCCUGCUGCUCUGGAGAAGAUGAUCGCUCUCAUCGCCCUGCUGGUGGAGCAGUCCCGCUCCGAGAGACACUUGACUCUCUCUCAGAGCGACAUGGCGGCUCUGACAGGAGGGAAAGGUUUCCCCUUCCUGUUUCAGCACAUUCGGGACAGCAUCAACAUCCGACAAACCUGUAACCUCAUCUUCAGCCUGUGCAGAUACAAUAACAGGCUCGCAGAACACAUUGUCUCCAUGCUCUUCACAUCUAUAGCCAAGCUCACACCUGAGGCAGCGAAUCCCUUCUUUAAGCUGUUGACGAUGCUGAUGGAGUUUGCUGCAGGUCCUCCUGGCAUGCCCUCAUUCGCUUCCUACAUUCUUCAGAGGAUCUGGGAGGUGAUUGAAUAUAAUCCAUCCCAGUGUUUAGACUGGCUGGCGGUUCAAACCCCUCGCAAUAAACUCGCUCACAGUUGGGUGCUGCAGAACAUGGAGAACUGGGUGGAGCGCUUCCUGCUGGCACACAACUACCCUCGUGUCCGGACAUCGGCUGCGUAUCUGUUGGUGUCACUCAUCCCCAGCAACUCGUUCCGUCAGAUGUUUCGCUCCACGCGAUCUCUCCACAUCCCCACGCGAGACCUGCCCCUGAGUUCCGACACCACCGUCGUCCUCCACCAGGUCUAUAACCUCCUGCUGGGACUGCUGGGCCGGGCUAAGCUCUACGUAGACGUGGCAGUACAUGGCACAACCAAACUGGUGCAGUACUUCAGCUUCAUGACCUACUGUCUGAUCUCCAAGACGGAGAAGCUGAUGUUCUCCAGCUACUUCAUGGACCUCUGGAACCUCUUUCAGCCCAAACUGUCAGAGCCGGCCAUCGCCACCAACCACAACAAGCAGGCGCUGCUGUCGUUCUGGUACAACGUGUGCGUGGACUGCAGCGAGAACGUGCGCCUGAUCGUACAGAACCCCGUGGUGACCAAGAACAUCGCCUUCAACUACAUUCUGGCCGACCACGACGACCAGGAGGUGGUGCUGUUCAACCGCGCCAUGCUGCCCGCCUACUACGGAAUCCUGCGUCUGUGCUGCGAGCAGUCGGCUUCCUUCACCCGCCUGCUCGCCUCGCACCAGAACAUCCAGUGGGCCUUCAAGAACCUCACGCCUCACGCCAGCCAGUAUCCAGGAGCGGUGGAGGAGUUGUUCAACCUGAUGCAGCUCUUCGUGGCUCAGAGGCCGGACAUGAGGGAGGAGGACCUGGAGGACAUCAAACAGUUCAAAAAGACCACCAUCAGCUGCUACCUGCGCUGCCUGGACGGCCGCUCCUGCUGGACCACGCUCAUUAGUGCCUUCCGCGUGUUGUUGGAGAACGAUGAGGACCGGUUGCUGGUGGUCUUUAACCGGGGACUCAUCCUCAUGACCGAGUCGUUCAACACCCUGCACAUGAUGUACCACGAGGCCACUGCAUGUCAUGUGACCGGUGACCUGGUGGAGCUGCUCUCCAUUUUCCUGUCAGUAUUAAAAGCAACCAGACCUUAUCUACAGAGGAAAGAUGUAAAGCAGGCUCUGAUUCAGUGGCAGGAGAGGAUCGAUUUUGCACACAAACUGCUGACGCUGCUCAACUCCUACAGUCCUCCAGAACUCCGCAACGCCUGCCUGGAUGUGCUAAAGGAGCUGGUGCUGCUGAGUCCACACGACUUCCUGCACACACUGGUGCCCUUCCUGCAGCACAAUCACUGCACCUACCACCACAGCAACAUCCCCAUGUCAUUCGGACCGUAUCUGCCGUGCAGAGAAAACAUCAAGCUGAUCGGGGCGAAGAACAACAUUCGUCCUCCACGACCUGAACUCAACAUGUGCCUCCUGCCCUCCAUGGUGGAAACCAGCAAGGGUAAAGACGAAGUGUACGACAGGAUGUUGAUGGACUACUUCCUGUCCUAUCACCAGUUCAUUCAUCUGCUGUGUCGAGUCGCCAUCAACUGUGAGAAGUUCACAGAGACGCUCGUCAAACUCAGUGUAUUAAUGGCAUAUGAAGGAUUACCGCUGCACCUUGCCUUGUUCCCUAAACUGUGGACUGAGCUCAGCCAGUCUCAGUCCACGUUAGCCAAGACGUGUGUGAAGCUGCUGUGUGAGGAUCCUGCGUUCGGAGAAUAUAUCAAGUGUAUUCUGAUGGACGAGAGGACCUUCCUCAACAACAAUACCGCUUACUCCUUCCUCACCUGCUUCCUACAAAAGGUGCAGCCGCAGGUGUUGUCCGGGCCGAGCUGUGCCAACCUGAUCAGCGUGCUGGUCACCAACCUGCUGAACGAGUAUCACUCCCUCCAGCCUGAACUGACCAAUCAGAGUGCAGAGCUCAACAAGACCAGCAGCCUCCUCAACGCUGAUCUGCGAGCUUUGGUGCUGAUGUUGUCGGUACACACCCCUCAACAGCUGGACUCGGCACUUGGUCCGGCCCUGCAAGAGCUGCUCAACAAAUGCACGGCCUGCUUACAGCAUCGCUCCACACACACGCUAGAGUCCAAAACCAAAGUGGAAGAGGAGGGGGCAACUCCGGUGAAGCGGCGGCGGGUCAGCGGUGACGACGACCGGCCUUCAGCCAACAGUGCCGCCCUAGUGGGCCCCACCUCCGCCUCACUGGUUCCUUGCUUGGAGCAGAAAGCGGAGCCGGCUGAGGCUCUAACACCUAACAGCACCUCAGACACCGAGACACGAGACUCAUCCCUCAUCGAUCCGGGCACGGAGCAGGACCCGCCUUCUCCGGAUAGCACCUCAGGCAAAGAGGAAAAAAUGGAGGCGUCAUCUUCAUCGUCGUCGUCGUCGCUGCCCGAGGCGUUCGGGCGAGCCGAGCCGGGGACGUCUGCCGGCCCGGAGGAAGAGGAGGGCGACGGAGAGGAAGAGCGGAAAGACACGAAGCGACCGAAGGAGCGCGAACGAGAGAACGCUGCGAAGCCCGGCUCAUCUUCUGCGGACGACUCCAUACUGCAGUCUGCUUUACAGGACGCCGACGAGGGGCGGGGCUGUGGCCUUCAAGAGGCGGAGCCAGGGACAGGCCACUCCCCUGCAGUGAAUCCCAUGCCGGACAUCCUGGACGUGCUUCAUCGUACGGUGGAGGCGGCGAUCGCUGUGGUUAAUAAACUGACCGCUGGAGGUAAAGGCGGCGGCGCACACCCCUCCGCCUUGUGAUGUCACUUUUUUGCCCCAGAAGUGGUUCAUCUUGUUUAGUUUAUUUACUGUUCAGUGUUAGAGUUGCUGAAAACGCCGGAAAGUCAAUCACAAACAAAACCUGACUGAUUUUAGCGGCUGUAGCACGUCUUAAAGAGCAGAGAAAGAAAAAAAACGUUUUCAGUUUUUUAUUUUUAUUUGAAGUGGUUAAAAUAAUUGUUUUGUUUGCGCUUGCUGUACCGAGACGGGGACAGGUUUACAGUUUUAGUCCUUUGAUUUCUAAUUUAAUUUGCAUUUUUUAAUCCCGUAUGUUUGUAUGUAUGUAUGUAUGUAUUAUUAUUAUUAUUAAUGUCUCCUGUGCCAGUUUUGUACUUAAUGAAGCGAAGUGGGAGUGAAGUCGCCUCGCCGGUUGUUUUUUUUUAUUUUUUUUUUUGUGGUUGAUAUCAAAACUAUGUUUACUUGUUCACUGAACGGAGAAAAACCCCAGAACCACGACAAACUUGAUUCUGUUAGGAAUCUUCUACUUGUUACCUGGCGUUGUAAAUGAGAAGAAUAAAGUAUAUAUGUAAGAAAUAUGUAUACAGUAUAUAUGAAAGGUGAUGCUGAUAUAUACUGUAUAUAUAUAUAUAUGUGGAUGAAUCUACUGUGUAUAUACAUAUGCUGUAUAUGUAUAUAGACUUAUUGGUGCUUUAUAUCACACACAGAGAAUGUGUUGCUUGAAUAAAGCACACCUGACGGAACUGUCGGAGCUAUAUUUUAUUUACCGAAAUACAUUCCAUAAUCUAUCGUAUGUCAUUCUUGCAUUUUUCUUUUGUUUUUUUUGUUUUUUUCUUGUUGCUUUUCUCCUCUCUUGAUUUAUUUUAAUAUAGGAUAACUUAAUAAAAUUUUAAUAUGAUUUAAUUAUGAACAAGUAAAA